GCCAUUUUGGUACAAUAUGCAAAAAUUUCUCAGGUCCAUCAUGGAUUACAAUCGAGGAGUUUGAUGCUAUGUGGGUAGCUGGUGCCGAGCGCCAGUUGAGUCUCAGACCCAGCUCGCCGUCCCCCGAGGAGAAAAUGAAGCGCAAACAAGAACGUUAUCGCAAGGGUUUGAUCAUAGCUCUCAACACUUAUGCCAAGCUAAACAACAUGCAGCUCAAUGAGUUGGAAAUUGUGGAAGAGAAAGGGAGGAACCAAGUCGAUGGGUAUGGGGGACUAUAUGAGCAUUCCAACUUUCUGGUGAAAGAUUUAGAUGGAAAACAUACUUUGUUCUUUGCUGAAACGCAUCAUAAUUGCACACAGGAGGAGGAUGUUGUUCUCUGCGCUCCUUUGGAAGAAAGUAGCUAUGGUCAUUGUUUUGGGUGUGAUGAUCGGGCAAAGGAGCUUAAGCACCCCUCUGGCGGUGGCUACUUAGGUGGACUUGAUGAGGUGAUUUUUCAUUUCGACGAUCUGGAUAGUGAUGAUGACUAUUUUAUGUGAAUGAAUACGUCCACCGACGGAGAGCUACAACCUACAAACUAAUCUCUUAGUCUUGGUCUAUUGAGUUUAAGUUAUUAAUAGCUGCUGCCGGCUAUUCUCAGGCUUGUUUGUUUGGGCUGGCUGCGGCUGGUUAUGCUGCUGUGUGCAGAGAAAGCUGUUUGUACAAGAAAAGUUGCUGUCUAGCUGUACUCUUCAGAGUAAAAACAAAGACAGAACAUCUUAUGCUUGUACUACUGCAUCCAACCAGUUUUUACUUUAA